AUGGCGGUGGCAGACCUGGCCGCGGAUGCGAUGCCGACGAGAGUUGCCUUCUUGGACGAACCCCAUUACGAAGAACGACAGAGCAAAAGGCCGGCCAAUGUCUGGAUCCCUAGGGGAACAUCACACCCCGAGGACCCCACUGCACCGUCUUUCCUGAGCACACUGCCAGCUGAGAUUCGCAAUGAGGUCUACAACUUACUGUUCAAGCGCGAUGAGCCGAUAGUGGUCUUGGAUCCUGAGGAAUGCCGGGAGGAUCUGGACUGCUGCUUAGAUGCCGAUUCUGAGACGGAUGAUGAAGAGACUGAAGGAGUUGGAGACGCAACCGAGAUCAAGCAUCAAGAGUGGAAAUACCCAAAUUUAGUGGAGAGGGCUUCCGAUUCCAUCGGGCACGCUAUUCCCUUCCUUCGCAGCUGCCGACAAAUCUACACCGAGGCCGUUGUUAUCCUGUACAGUGGAAACAAUUUCCUCGUCAGCGUUCCCUUCCACGUCCAUAAUCAAGAAAUGAGCCAGAUCCAGUGGAGCGUAUCAUGGCUGGAAGAAAUGGGCACCAAUUUGGACCUUCUGCGCAAAGUUGUCAUUGACAUAGACCCAAGCUGUCCCACAUGGUGCGUCAGGAGCGAUGUCCGGAUCGACAUUCUCCCCCUGGUCAAAUGGUUCUGGGCCCAUCCAGCGACGAAGUGCCAGAUAACAUUUGCGAAUGCCAAAGGGAAACUGCAAUACAAUGUCCACGCACCUGCACUGAGAAACGACAUCAACGCCGCCGUGCUAAAUAAUGUUAUGCAUGCACUGGUUAAUGUGGAUCGGCUUGGGCUCAAGAGAUAUGGGCGUUUUGAGCGGACUCUCGGUCAUAUCUGGAUGAGCGACGCACUUGAUUACGGAAUCAGCGAAUACCCAUCUACACAGAUAAAUCCCGCGGGUGAUCUAAAGCGACCGUUCAGCGUUAGACGGGCAGGGAAAAAGAUUCGUUGGGCAACUUGGAUCCGCGAUCCAAGCUUUCUUGCAUUUCCGUUCCCUCCACAACUGCGCAACAAGGUCCUGGACUACGCCAUCCAGUCAGAAAAACCUGUCAUAUGCGAUGUGGAUCUGAAAAUUGCGAACGGACUCAAUAUAAAUCUCUUUGGAAUCGAUCAAUGGACGCGACGGUAUGUGGCAAAUCGUUUCAAUUCUUUGAAUACUUUCACCAUCCAAAUGACGGCAACGGAGAAACGGACGAACUUCUCCAAUUACGAAAAUUUGCGCCAAUGGCUGGAAAGUCCUAUAAGCGCGCUCUACCCCUCACGUUUCCAGUACAAGCCGAAAUACUCGGCGUCAGGCCCUCCAGUCAUCGUGUUACAUUUCGAGUUGGACACGGCGGUUACAUUGCGUCAGCUGCGAAUUAACGUUACUGAGUUCAUCAGAUUAACCUAUGGGCUUUCUUUCUACAGCUUGUUACGUUUUACUCUGAGGUGUCAGCGUGAUGGACAAGAGCAGUUGGAGGAAUGCACCUUGGAGCUUCACGAGAUGCGGCGCAGCUGCUUCAUUCUCCUUUCCAACAUCCUGAGCGGAACACUAAUGGAAGAGCAAGAGUGCCCUCAGAUAUGGAUCAAUGGAGAAGGCGUGGCAGUCCAAGCGGUCUAUCCUGUCGACAAAAACAGGACAGUGAAUUGGGCUAUCCCACGCAAAAUCACCCAUAUGACGAACGCCGAAGUGGAAUGCAUUCAAAACUCUCUCUUACUAGGUUCCGAUCUGCACCAUGACAUCGAUAUCUGGGACCGCGGUUAUCCAUCGUAUAACGACGCAUUGAAGAAGAGCAAAUCCCUGUCCGCCAUGUGGAAGUCUCUGCGAGAUCUGGACUGGCCGGAGCGAUUCCAAUUUCUCGAUAACUAG